CUAUAGCUUAAGAGCAGUUGUAGGUCAGUACUGUUCUCUCUGUACCCUGAAGAAUCAACAUGCGCUGUUGUGUAAAGCUGCCCAAGGUUUAAUCACCUGAAAAAGUUAAAAACAUUUUUUAUUUUUUAUUUUUUAAACCUUGGACCCUGAGAGAAAAGAAUACUGGCAGCAUAACUGGUUGUGGGAAAGACAGCAAGAAGGUUUCACCGUAUAAUUUCUACAGUUUUAAGAGCUUUUGAGACACUGGGGGUAAUAGUAGAAAAUGUUCCAUGUAUUUCACUUCACUGUCAUGAUGGGGUUGAUCCUCUUGGGCCAAUGCUCACAUGAGCAGGAGUGCUCUGGCUCACAGCUGCGCAUUUGUGAGGAGUGUAUCGCUUCCAGUCCCGGCUGUGCCUGGUGUAAAGAUAAGGGCUUUGAUGAGAUGGUUCGAGCGCCUGCUCACUGUGACACGCACGCAAACCUGCGGAAGAAAGGUUGCCAAGAGCGGGACAUCAUAGACCCAGAGAGCCGCCACUCAGUCACUCACCUGUCUGGAAGAAAGGGCAGGAGGGCCCAUCUGAGCCCACAAAAUAUGAGUCUAGAGCUGCGGCCAGGGAGACCCCUGACAUUUGAGCUGCAGGUGAAGAGGCCAAAGAAAAGCCCGGUGGAGGUGUACUACCUGACGUCGUUCUCAUUUGUUGCAAAGCACAGCGCUCUCAGAGGGACUUACCUGGGUGGGCAGGUGGUCAGUGCUGUGCAGGAGGUCAACCCAGAGGCACACGGCAUAGGAUUUGGGCUCUUUGGAGAUCAGCAAAGUGGGUGUGGAGAAGGUGGACUAGGGUGCAAGAAGGUUUUCAGCUUCUCACACUUCCCCAGUCUGGAGCCCCCAGCUGACACCCCCAAAUCUGGUACCCCUGACCCACUGGCCUCCUCUGAUGCUGGGCUGCAGGCCCUGUUGCAGGCUGUAGUGUGUGGGGACCUGAUUGGUUGGGGGGAGGGUACCCGCCUGCUGGUCUAUGUGUCUAACCACGGCUUCAGCGCUGCCGACCAAACUCCAGAUAACAGUACAGCUGAAGACAGGGGGCGCUGUCACCUGACAGAGGGCCAGCAACACUUCAGCCGCCAGCUGGACUACCCCACUGUGGCCGAGCUUGCAUACAAAUUAACAGAGAACAACAUUCAGGUCCUUUUUGCUGUCACUAAGGAUGUGGCUGAAAAAUACAAGGAGCUCAGUGACCUGCUCCCCAAAUCCACUGUAACAGUUCUUCCCACGGACCUCCGCAACAUCAAGGCCGUCAUCACAGAUGCUUACAGAGCGCUAUCGUCCACACUGGUGGUGAGUCACACGCACGUUGCAGGGCUGAAGGUCUCGUACAGCUCAGAGUGCGAUGGGGAGCAGGAGAGUUCAGUCCGGGGGGCCUGCAGCAUCCCCGAGAAAAGCAGGAAGUUCUCUCUGAACGUGACAGUCUCCUCCAACUCCUGCCUGGAGCCCCAGGCCCUCCACCUCCAGCUGCUGGGCUCCCAAGACAGGCUGCCAGUGGAUCUGAAAUCCACCUGCCACUGCCAGUGUGGGGACGCCCCCGACCCACGUUUCUGCAGCGAUUCUGGAAAUCUCCGCUGUGGCGUCUGCAGCUGUGACCCUGGCCACUUUGGGGAAAUGUGUGAGUGCUCCACAGACCAGAGUGAUGCCCCCUGCAGGAAAACAGAGGGAAGCCCAGUGUGUUCAGGGCGAGGAUCCUGUGUGUGUGGGGAUUGCGAAUGUCAGACCAGGAGCAACCCGGCCGAGAGGAUUUUCGGUCAAUUCUGUGAAUGUGACAACUUCAGCUGUGAUUAUCACAAUGGCAUAGUAUGUGGAGGACAUGGCCGCUGUGUGUGUGGAAGCUGCUUCUGUGAUGAGGGGUUCGUGGGCGCAGCCUGCGACUGUUCAACAGCGGUCGAUCAGUGCAGGAGCCACGAUGGGUCACUGUGCAGUAACCAUGGCAGCUGCCAGUGCAACAUGUGCAAGUGCGAAGAUCCUUACCAUGGACCCCUCUGCGACACUUGCCCCACCUGCCAGAACGACUGCGGCGCAGUGGCGUAAUGUCUUCUUUUUUUUUUUAUGCUUUUCCCCCAUGGAAUGCCUGAUCACAUUCACCAACACUCACAGUUGCAAACCGAGUUGUUGAUUUGGGCGAGCACAGAGGAGCAUGGAUUAUCAGCUGCCACUUCCUAAUAACACUGUAGCUUUAUAGAUGGGCUCGCACAGACGUGAGUCAGAGGAAGAUGCUUCACGUACAGCUCAACUGGCAGUCUGUGGGUGCCCAAUGAGAUGCUGAAAUUCUGGCUGAUUGAAACCCACCAUUUCCUGGCCAACACUAGAGGCAAUUGUGUAUCACCUUGAAGGGCUGCACAACUGGAACUGAUCUGGAUUUGAUACCAGACGUGGGGCCCAUCUAUGCACUAGAGCACUACCGUACAGUGCAGUUUUGAGGAAUAGCAGAACUACAUGUUACAAAGCUAACUGGCGUAGUUACAUUUCCCAGUAGUGUGUGAUAGCUUUGCUACUUUGAAAAACAGCUAGAUUUCUAGUGGUUGUUUGGCUAACAUGGGCACAUUUACAGUAAUGUGGAUUAAUGUGUACUGUCCCUGUAAAAAAUAAAAAAUGGAAAAAAAUUUUUUUUUACCCAAGUAGUGAAGUAGUGCGGACACAGCUAUAACUGCCCCGAGCUUUAACUGCCAAAUAAGGCCAACUUUUUCAAAUGAAUUUAAAUGGCAAAAAAAUGUAAAAUAAGGAAUAGAUAUAUCGGUCCACAGAACUGCUACGACUUGGCAAGCAAAACUUUUCCUGCGAUCUAUGGCCACUUGACAUGACAAUGAGGUCCAGUAAAAUCAAUACAUGUAACAAGUGCUUUCUGCCCAGAAACUUUUCCCUCAGUAGACUACAGUCCUUAAGCCAAUCAUGUCAUGGAUGAGGAGUCAGAUUUUGCAUCAUUGCUGUACUCCUCUCAUUAUUCUUUCAGUGCAUCUCUGAGAUUAAGUUACUUGGAAGUGGAGUUAUUUAGUAAUGCAAGGCACCGCUUGUUAGCAUUUAAAUAAACAAACUCAUUUGGGGAGUGUGAUUCUUAGUGGAGUUUAGGCAAAGGAAUGGAAUAUUUCAGGUUUUAGCCAGUUCGAUUUUGCUUGGUGAGUUUGUGGCUUUCGAUUCAUGAAAUCAUGACUGAACAAGUGUCAAAGGUGUGUCUGCUUAGCUAACACUGCAGUUAUUUGUCAUUAGAACUUUUACAGUGAACUCGCGAUUAAAAGGGAAGUUCAUGAGAAUUCAUCUUGAACAUUUCUCAGCAUUAACCAACAUCUGACAUGGCCCAUAGGUGACCUAAUUUAUGUUUUUUUCACAAAGUAGCUUUAAUAUAGAUAGCUACAUUUUUAAAGUAGCUUUUAUUUAGUUAACUACAUUUCUCUUAUUGUUAGCUCUGCUAUAGCUUAACUACUUCCAGCAUCAAGUAAUUGGUAGCUUAGUUAACUACAUUUUGAGAAUAGCUUCCCCAAAACUGCUUAACAGAUACCUGACCGUGGGGCCCAUCCAUACACUUAAACAGUGCCUUAACAGAUACCAGACUAUGAGGCCCAUCCAUGCAACACAGUGCUUUAACAGGAUGAGCCACCCAGCAGCCAAUGAUGUGGUAUUUUAGAUUAUUUUACAGUUUAAACAAGGCUUUGUAAUAAAUAUACUGACAUACAUCUCUCUUCGUCAGUCCCUGUGCAGAGUGUUUGGUCUCUGGGUCCGGCAGGGAGAACUGCCUGACCAAAUGUGCCAACAUCCAGCACACCAUGGUAGACAUUCUG